AUGGCCACCGACAGACUCAAGUCCAUUGUCUCGCACAUCACCCCCGCCCGGAGCGGCCUUGCGACCAUCACCCAGAAGAACCCUGACGAUGUGGUCAUCACCCUCGCCAUCCGCACCCCGCUGUGCAAGGGCAAGAAGGGCGGCCUGAAGGAUACGCCCCUGGAGGGCAUCAUGCUCAAGAUGCUCGAGCAGGUUGUCGCCAGGUCGAACCUGGACCCUGCUCUGGUCGAGGACAUUUGCGUGGGAAAUGUCAGUGACGCCAAGGCUGCCUACUACGUCCGCGCUGCCAUGCUCGCUGCUGGCUUCCCCAACACCACUGCCGGCUCCUCGGUCAACCGCUUCUGCAGCUCUGGACUGAAGGCCGUCCAGGACAUUGCCGGCCAGAUUGCCUCGGGUUCCAUCGAGAUUGGCGUCGGUAUGGGUGUUGAGUCGAUGACAAGUGGCGGUGACCGCCUAGAGCGCCCCUUCUGGCACGAGGUGCUGAAGAACCAGGAGGCUUCGGACUGCAUGCAGCCCAUGGGCCAGACGUCGGAGAACGUCGGCAAGGACUUUAACAUCUCACGUGAGGAGCAGGACCGCUAUGCUGCCGAGUCAUACAGGAGGGCGGAGGAGGCACAGAAGGCUGGGUGGUUCGAUGACGAAAUCGCUCCCAUUAGCGUCACGGUCAAGGACCCCAAGACAGGCGAGGAGAAGAGGGUUACGCUCACCAAAGACGAGGGCCCUCGCUACGGUACCACGUUUGAGUCGCUCCAGAAGAUCAAGCCAGCAUUCUUGCCCCACGGCGAUCGCAGCCACGCUGGCAACUCCAGCCAGGUCACCGACGGUGCCGCGGCGAUUCUGCUGAUGAAGCGCUCGCGGGCCGAGCAGCUUGGCCAGCCAAUCCUGGGCAAGUAUGUUGCCGCCACGGUCGCAGGCCUUGCUCCCCGCAUCAUGGGCAUCGGCCCGUCCAUCGCCAUCCCCAAGCUGCUCAACAAGCUGAACAUCACCAUCGACGACAUCGACGUCGUUGAGCUCAACGAGGCCUUCGCUUCCAUGGCCGUCUACUGUAAGGACACGUUGAAGAUUCCGUACGAGAAGCUGAACGUCAGAGGCGGUGCCAUCGCACUCGGUCACCCGCUGGGCUGCACCGGAGCGAGGCAGAUCGUUACCGGCCUCAGCGAGUGCAGGCGGCAAAAGAAGAAGAUUCUCCUGACCAGCAUGUGCAUCGGAACGGGCAUGGGCAUGGCCGGUCUUUUUGUCAACGAGCAGUUGUAA